GCAGGCCUGCACCAAAACUAUCCACAACCUCCCACUGCGGUGCCUCUGAAAGUAUCACUGAAACUGACGAGUGCGUUACUCGGCGAAUAUCUUGGCGACACAACGAGCGCAUUUACCUCGAUUAUCCCAUUCAGUACCUUUCGCGGACCUUCACCGAACGUCUUCUUCGCAACCUCCAGCACGCGCAUAACUAGCUACAAGCCUACAAUCUCAGCCUAAACCCCAGUUCUCAAAGAUGACGAGCACUAUUGGUAUUCCAAUCAAGCUCCUCAAUGAGGCAGCAGGCCACAUUGUCACGCUCGAAAUCACAUCUGGCGAAGUCUACCGCGGCAAGCUGAUUGAAGCUGAGGACAACAUGAACGUGCAGCUAAAGGACAUUACUGUGACUGCUCGUGACGGUCGUGUCUCACAUCUUGAGCAAGUCUACAUCCGGGGAAGCCAUGUACGAUACUUCAUUGUACCAGACAUGUUGAGGAACGCGCCCAUGUUCCGAUCGAGAGGUACGAGGGGUCGCGGUGUUGGUCUUGCGCGUGGUAGGGCCACAGUGAACAGGGCGAGGGCUAGCACUCGAGGUGGUGGACGUUGAACCAUGUGAGGAAUUCCGGCAAAGACACAACUUGAAUGGCAGUAGCAAGCAAGCAAUCCCAGGCGCAGCAGCUGUGAGGAUGCGCUUGAUGCGAUUGAUAAAUGGCAAGGGGGAUACACCGACAGGUAUGAUACCAGGUCACUUUUGCUGGGGCAUACGCUGAAAACGGGAUAGCAAAUUUGAUGAUACCUUGGAACACGAAUG